UUGCACACCUCAGUGGUAGUGGGGAAAUUGCAAAAUACCCAAAAGUUAUUUAUAAAAUGGCCAAUCUGAUAUAUUUCAGCAGUGACAUCAUUGGCAAAUGUUAUAAAAAAUGUGAGUUCUGACAGCUCGAGAGAGACGAAUCAAAGAGUGUGAUAAGUGAUUUAAAAAUAGCAAUCACUGGAAGCACAGAUUUAUAGAAAAAUUGUUCAUCACUUAUUACCGGGCGAGAAUAUCACUUCGGUAUUGAACUAGGAAAUGUACUUGAAAAGUGCUGUGAAACUGCUGCCGAGCAAUAACCAAUAUUUGAAGACGGAUAUACCCCUAAAUGAUAUCUUAAGUACGGGGCGUAAAAGUCUCAAAGGCCUUUUGGGGCUCGCUCAGUUUGCUAAACGUUAUCCAAUUUUGGGUGCCAUAGUUGGUGGGCUACUCGCGCUUAUUGGAAUAAUAAUGUGUCUAAGAAAGGUGCAUUGCUGCGACGAACCCGAGAAAGAACAAACGAAUGCCGUGGUUCAGCAAGGUGCAACGUAUCCGAGACAAUAUGCGGACUGCGAUGAACCCGAGAAAGAACAAACGAAUGCCGUGGUUCAGCAAGAUGCGGACCCAGAAGCGCAAAAUCUUAACACCGAAAGCAACUAAACUGGGUUUCUUCAAAUGAUUGACAUAAGGAAGAAAUGGCGAAGAAUUUGAAUGAACAGCUUUAAAAGGCGCGCAAGUUACAUACAAGUAUAUGAAUAUCCUGCAACAUAAACACUUGUUCACAAUAUAAUUUUACGAUCAAUAAAUUUUUAUAAAAUUGUCUGCAUUUAAACAACCAA